AGACAAACAUGAGAUUGAUACAUUAACUAGAGCAUAUAGGGUUGACAUAUUUCAUGGACCUAUAUAUAUAACAUUAAUAUCCAUCACUCCCCAACCUGUCAAUGCCUCCUUUGUCGAUUUUAUAAAUUUGCAUGGUUGUCAAAGGAUUUUAUACAAAUACUUGAAGAUGCUGUAAGACCUAUAUAACACAUUAAUGACAGUGGACCAUAUAUCAAUACAAAAAUAAUAAGUCAAAAACCAAGACUUAAUCCAUCUAAUAAAAGCAGUUAAACUAACUCUCCCUCCUCUCCCUACUAGUUUUUGGACAGUUACCUACUACACUCAGACUUGAGAUAACCAUUACAAUUCUUGCCAAGACUUGUCUAGUUCCAACCACCAAAAAGAAAAAAAACCCUUCUCUUAUAUAACUCCUCCAAGCCUAGUCAUAAUCCUAGAACAGAAAAAUACACAUCUCAUCAUGGCGUUUGCUUGUUCUUCUACUGCAAUGGCCGAAAGAGUUUCAUGGCACUGUGCUUUGUUCUUGGCAGUUUUGUUGGUUAUGAGCUGCUGCGAAUCAAGUGAGAGUGAAUAUGCACCACGAAAACACAUCAGCAACCAUAAGAUUUGCGAUGAAAUUUACGUGGUUCGCGAAGCCGAAACGCUGCAAACAAUCAGUGAAAGAUGUGGUGAUCCCUAUAUUGUUGAAGAAAAUCCUCAUAUUCAUGAUCUUGAUGAUAUUUACCCUGGUUUAGUCAUCAAGAUAACUCCAUUCAGGGAUAGGAACUUAUAGAGUUUUGAACCUUCAUUUAUUUGAAGUGAAAAAUUACUUGCUUUCAAAGUAGCUCAAUUCUCUUGAGCUUAUGAGGUACGAGUUAUGUGUAUUUAAGAGGCCCUUUAGCCCUUAUAUCUAUUCUAUGCAUUUCUUCUAUAUGUUCUCAGAAAAAUCCCAUGAAUAUAAUGUAUUUCAGUUUA